UAUUACAAGUUUUACAUCAAUAACAAUCGGAAUUGGAAAUCCCUUCCAGUGAAGACAGCUUUCUUCAGUAAAAGCUGCUUGGAAAAAAAGAUAUACGUUUGUUCUGAAGUGUCAAUGAAGUUUUCGAUGUGUUUGAAUGCGGAAAGCGUCUGAUGGUUCCACUAGGCACUGGCACUUUCAUAAAUUGUAUACAUUUUCUUCAAGGAAGGAAGCAAAGGUACCCCAUCUUUGCCGGCGGCUGUAGCGAAUUUAUUAAUAAUGUGCUACUCUCUGAAGUGAUGGUCGGUUAUCUGGAAAUACAAACAUUUGGAAAAACAACAUAAAUCACAAUCUGUUUAAACAUAGAUUUUUUAUUCUCGAUCCAUAAUUUGAAAUAUUCCCGUCAUGCGUGAGUGGCUGAGUACAUGCUAGCCAUAAAUUCAGUCUGGCUGGAUUUGCAUAUGGAUAUUAACUUAUGAAAUUCAUCAUUUUACGAUAUUAAUUCAUUAAAUAUUACAAUAAUAAUUGAUAAUAUUUUGCGAACUGUUAUCACCUAAAAUUAAACCUGGCGAUUGGAGGACAUAGCACUAUGGUGCAGUGCGCCGCAUGUGACCGACCAAUUCUGGACCGAUUCCUCCUGAACGUGUUGGACAGGGCAUGGCAUGCUAAGUGUGUACAAUGCUCGGACUGUAAAAUAACUCUUACGGACAAAUGUUUUUCUAGGGAUGGAAAACUGUAUUGUCGAAACGAUUUCUUCAGGCGGUUUGGGACCAAAUGUGCUGGGUGUACACAAGGAAUCUCCCCGAAUGACUUGGUCAGAAGAGCAAGGAACAAAGUUUUCCAUCUGAAAUGUUUCACAUGUAUAAUUUGUCGAAAACAGCUUUCUACUGGAGAGGAACUCUAUGUCAUGGAUGAAAAUAGAUUUAUUUGUAAAGAAGACUAUAUUUCAAGCAAACUACAAGGUUCCUCAGACAUUGAAGAUGAAGACUUGGACGUCGCGCUAGAACACCAAACAUCUCUGUCUGAUAAAGAUUUCAGCAUAGACGGUGAUAACAAUACAGAUAUAGACUCCAAAGAAAACAUCCUUACUAGUGUUCCAAAUAAUAACAAUAUAAAUAAUAAUAACAACCUCAACAAAAGUAGCUCUUUGAAUUCCCUUCCCUCAAGUCCGGAUCCUCUUAAAGACGAUACAGCACUUUUAAAAAUAUCAUCGGAUUCUAAUCAUAGUACUCAAAGCUGUGAUACCAACGGAAAUUCCAUUCCGACUAAUAACACUCUGACCCCGGACGGAGACCGUUCCGGCGAAGAAAUGAAUGACAAUGCCAAUGGAGGUUCCAGUGCAGGGGCCAAAAGACGGGGUCCCAGAACAACCAUCAAAGCCAAACAACUAGAAACCUUGAAGGCGGCAUUUGCCGCAACUCCAAAACCAACUAGGCAUAUACGAGAACAAUUAGCACAAGAAACAGGGCUUAACAUGAGAGUAAUACAGGUAUGGUUCCAAAAUAGAAGAUCAAAAGAGAGACGAAUGAAGCAACUCAGUGCCCUCGGUGCUAGACGUCACUUUUUCCGAAAUCCCAGACGCAUGCGCGCACUUCGAGCUGGAAUGUCACCCAAUGACUUAGACGAUGGGGACAUGAUGGCGGGUCCAGGUUUUGGAUAUUUUUCUGAAAAUGGACAAGAUUUUUACCCUGGUUACCAAGGAUAUAAUGACUUUUUUCCUGGCCAAGGGGAUGGGGGUCCCCCACCAAUGAAUUUCCUCCCCCCUACAUCUCAAGGAACACCUCCACUAUCUAUGGAACAGUCUCUUCAUCACAACAAUAACAUGGGCCCUGAAGCACAAUUCCUGCCAGGGGACAUGAUACAUCCUUCGUCUUCCCCAGAACCAAUUCCAAUGCACGCGCACGAUGGGCCUUUCAGACAUGGCGGGCCUCCAAGUUCCCUUGCAGGAAAUUUCUCGUCCCUUUCACAUCCGGAAAUGGCGGGAGAGGCGUGGUGACCUUUGAAUCGUGCAUAAACUCUCCUUGACGUGUUUCCAUUCCACACACUCUUUUAUAAUCAUAAACUAUUGAAUACUUUGUGUAGAUGUAUGCAUGAGAUGGAGUGAAUUUAUUUAUGGAGUGAAAAUGAAUCAUGGGUAGUUCUUACCCAUCUCCUAAUAAGUGUUUUGUUUGUGAAUGUAUUAUAGUACGCUGCCAUUGUAGUAUUUAAGUUAUAGAUCUUUUUUUUAAGAACCAAUGAUUUCAGAUUCUGUUUUUCCAUCGUGGGUGGUUGGAAAAAAUAUAACGUUCUUUUUAUGAAGUAUACAUAUUCAGUCUACGGUGACAAGUACUAGAAAAAAAGCAACAUAUGUUCCUUUUGUUUUUGUUUUUAUUGUCUGAUAAAUUUUAUUUUGGAGUGAAUGUAUUUAAUGAUACUUCUCCAUUUUCAGUCCCAUUUUGUCUGUGUUGUAAGCUUGUUUGUAUAAAACGAGAUCUCAAAAUAAAACACUAAUUUGUCAUGCCCAUGAAAAAUACGAAGAUAUAUUAAAUAUUGAAAUCAUCGAUUUAUGAUGAUCAAUAAAUGUCUCAAAUCUUG